GCCAAGUGAUGGCGACAUUGCCCUCACUCCUCCUCAAGCUCCUAGCUCCCCCUCAACAAUGGCAGCUCCUCCUAGUUCUCCUCCUCCCCGUCGUCGUCUCCAUCCUGCUGAUCACAUCACGAAGCAGGCGCACCAGCCGCCGCCGGAUUAGAACGCCGCCGGGCCCAGCACGGCUGCCGGUCCUGGGCAACCUGCUCCAGCUCGGCGCGCUGCCGCACAGCAGCCUGCGGGACCUGGCGCGGCGGCACGGGCCCGUGAUGAUGCUGCGGCUGGGCGCGGUGACGGCGGUGGUGGUGUCCUCGCCGGAGGCGGCGCAGGAGGUGCUGAGGACGCACGACGCCGACUGCUGCAGCCGGCCGCCGUCGCCGGGGCCGAUGCGGCUGUCGUACGGGUGCAGGGACGUGGCGUUCGCGCCGUACGACGGCUACUGGCGCGAGGUGCGGCGGGUGUUCGUCGGCGAGCUCUUCAGCGCGCGCCGCGUGCAGGCCGCAUGGCGCGCGCGCCAGGACCAGGUCGAGAAGCUGAUCAGGAAGCUGACAUGGCCGGAGCCGAAGCCGGUGGAGCUGAACGAUCACAUCUUCACCCUGGUCGAUGGAAUCGUCGGCGCAGUAGCGUUCGGCAACAUCUAUGGCACGGGGCGGUUCACUGACAGGAAGCGCUUCCACCACCUGCUCGACGAUGCCAUGGAUGUGCUCGCCGGCUUUUCCGCCGAGGACUUUUUCCCCAACGCCGCUGGCCGCCUCGUCGACCGCCUCACCGGCCUAGCCGCCCGCCGUGAGCGGGUGUUCGAACAGCUCGACGCCUUCUUCGAGAUGGUCAUCGAAAAGCACCUCGACUCUUGUAAAACAGAGUCCACCCCCGAUGGCGGCGGCAGCAACCUCGUCGAUGCCCUUAUCGGCCUGUGGAAGCAGGGGAAGCAGUACGGUGAUCUCCGCUUCACCAGGGAGCACGCCAAGGCCAUCAUCUUCGACACGUUCGUCGGCGGGGUUGGCACGAGCUCGGUGACGAUCCUGUGGGCGAUGGCGGAGCUGAUCCGGGCGCCGCGGGUGAUGCGGAAGGCACAAGCCGAGAUCAGGGCCGUCGUGGGCGAGAGGGACGGCGACAGGGUGCUGCCGGACGACUUGCCGAAGCUCAAGUACCUCAAGAACGUCGUCAAGGAGACUCUGCGGUUGCACCCGCCGGUGACGCUGCUCCUGCCGCGGGAGACAAUGCGGCACGUCAAGAUCGGCGGCUUCGACGUGCCGGCGAAGACGCGGGUGCUGGUGAACGCGUGGGCGAUCGGCAGGGACCCGGCGAGCUGGGACGAGCCGGAGGCGUUCGACCCGGACAGGUUCGAGACGAAGCGUGUCGAGUUCAACGGCACCCACUUCGACUUUUUGCCGUUCGGGGCAGGGCGGCGGAUCUGCCCCGCCGUCGCCAUGGGCGCCGCCAACGUGGAGUUCACGUUGGCCAACCUGCUGCACUGCUUCGAGUGGGCACUGCCGGAGGGGAUGGCGGCGGAGGAGGUGAGCAUGGCGGAGGCCGGCCUCCUGACAGUCCACAAGAAGACGCCGCUCGUCCUGGUUCCAACUAGAUACACUGCCAUCGAUGUCCACUUAAUUUGAUAGAGGACCUGGCAACAUGGUCGGAUCUGAGACCGGUUACCUCCUUCUUCUUCUUUCAGCCCCACUCUUUUUUCUAAUGAGAUUUCUCCGGUCCAACAAAAAGUAUCUCGAAGUACUAAAUCACUUAUCAUCAUUAGAUCUAGCUGAGUAGAAUAUACGCUGUUAGAUUUAACGGUGAGAAAUGAUUUAACACUACGAGAUAUCGAUACCUCGAGUUACUUUUUAUUACUUUUUAUUAGACUGUAAAAUUACUCAUCUUCUACGGGAGAUCCAACGUGAAAGGGGCUAGAGCCCCCCAGCCACCUGCUGGCAAAGUGUCGCAAAGUGUCACGAUGACUUGGUGAUGCAAGGCAACGGCAUAGAGGGAUAGUUCCGCUCUAUCCUUUCCUAUGUGUCCAUGAUGAGA